GCAUGGCAACCGAUGCUUUACGGAGCUCCAUCUUUGAGUGUAACAGGACGCAAAGUUACUUGUUUUACAAGUCCUGUUAGAAAUUUUGACGGUUUUGCAAAAUGAUGAAAACAAGGCAACAGCAGCCGUGUUUGAAUAAGGUAAAACAACCAGGAAAAGUAGUCUGUCUGAGAGAAAGAGUACCUUUCUCUCAUGAAGUAGAAAUAUUUCAAAAAAACAACCUAACGAAACCUGAACCCCCUUGUGCUGGGGCUUUUAAAGAACGAAACACAGGUGGCACUUCUUUUAAGAAAUUCUAUGAGCGAGGGGACUUCCCCAUAGCUUUAGAGCAUGAUACCAAAGGAAACAAAAUUGCAUGGAAGGUGGAAAUAGAAAAACUUGACUACCACCACUAUCUUCCUCUGUUUUUUGAUGGUCUGUGUGAAACCACUCACCCUUAUGAGUUCUUUGCCAGACAAGGUGUUCAUGACAUGUUGGAGCAUGGAGGCACAAAAAUACUGCCUGUCAUUCCACAGCUUAUUAUCCCCAUUAAAAAUGCUUUGAACACACGCAACCACAAAGUGUUGUGCACAACACUGAAAGUACUUCAACAUUUAGUUGUUUCUGCUGACAUGGUUGGUGAAGCCUUGGUACCUUAUUAUAGACAGAUUCUUCCUGUGAUGAACAUCUUCAAAAACAAAAACUUGAAUUCAGGGGAUGGCAUUGACUACAGUCAGCAAAAGCGAGAAAAUGUUGGCGAUCUAAUUCAAGAGACUUUGGAAGCUUUUGAAAAGUUUGGUGGCGAGGAUGCUUUUAUUAAUAUCAAAUACAUGGUUCCCACAUAUGAAUCAUGCAUGCUCAAUUAAAUAUUUAAGCUCAACAGAUAUUGAUAAGAAAUUUUUAAGAUUCAUCAAAAUGGACACUGAAAGAAAAAUAUUAAGGUUGUGCUUGAUUGAUCUAAGUAUUAAUGUUUUUCAGUAUUGUGGAAAAAGAUAAGCAUUGUAAUCUGUUUGAGUAUUUAGUUCUUGUUUUGAAAAGCAAUCUAUUCAAUAUAAAUAUUCAGUUUUUUCUUAGAAAAGCAAUCUAUUGAAUGCGAAUAUUUAGUUUCCCCAAAAAAGCUAUCUAUUCAGUAUGAAUAUUUAGUUGUUUAAGAAAAGCAAUCUAUUUUGUAUGAGCUGUUUAUCAAGCAUUGUGAUACACUUUUAAUUUUGUCCCUGUAAUAACUAUCUGUUGGCUAUGCAAUCAAUAUAAGUUCCAUUCUCCAUCUAGCUGGGUUAACAUGCACCACAUGUCAAGUCAGCUGAUUGUAUAAAAUGUUGUACUUAACCUGUUGCCUGUUUGAUACAUUAGGAUUUACUGCUGAUAAUUAUGCAACUAAUUUUUUUUUAUUUGGGCCAGCAAUGAAAUUGUAUCAACACUAAGAAACUGGCUGUACAGUUUGUAUUUUUUUAUAGUUGGUCAGUGUUGAAACUGGAUAUUUGUAACAUCACUUCCAAGUUAAAUAGAGCAGCCGUUGUUUCCCUACAUUGUAAUGACAAUUUUCAGCAAGUGCUAUAACAUCAGUCUCACAUUUUUAUUUCAAACUUUGGACCUUAACUGCUGAUUGAUUUAUUGCAUUCACUUUUAUUGGCUUGUGUGGAUGGAAAAAAAUUCAGUUUAUAAAAGUAUAACAAUAAAGUGUAUAUAAUACA